UGGACGCCUUAGAGGUAGCCAGAUCAGCUUUCUGCAUCAGAAUCUGUUGUAAAUGACAGCGUUUUUCUGGACGCAUCAUCAUGGGUGAAUUGAAUCAGUGACUUUUUUUUUCAAAUCGUCUUCUAUAUUAUUAUUAUUAUUAUAUUGAAUUACAUAACAUUAUAUGAAUGCACUGAUACCUUUUUGUUGGAAACAACUAUAAUAGCCGUUCCCAUUUAUCUACUAAAAUGGUUACUUCUGUUUUUAAGUUAAAAAGGCCUUUGAAUCAAUGCCUAAUUUCACAAGUAUCCACGUAUUCAAUAUUAUAGAUAAUUUAUGUAUGUUUUAUUUAUAUUUUUUAAUUUAUUAAUCUUUAAUUCUUGAUUUACACAAAUUAACGAGGGAAUUAUAACGUUUUUACAAUGAAUUGUCUUUAACGUUUAUUUUCAAAAAUUAAAGAGCCAUGGCAGUGCAUGCCCUCACCGGAUUUUCUCUGGUGAGUCUGUUGAGUUUUGGCUAUUUGUCCUGGGACUGGAUGAAACCCAGCAUAGUAGAGAACGAGCCGGCACCAGACUACGACAAAAGCUCGACCUUAACAACAACAGGAAAACAACCCCAUAUUAUUUUUAUACUGACCGAUGACCAGGGGUUUCAUGACGUUGGUUACCACGGGUCGGAUAUUCAAACUCCGACUCUGGAUAAACUGGCUUCCGAAGGUGUCAAACUGGAGAACUACUACAUUCAACCCAUUUGUACUCCUUCGCGAAGUCAGCUGAUCACGGGCAGGUAUCAGAUACACACAGGCCUUCAGCACUCUAUUAUCCGGCCUCGCCAGCCCAACUGCCUGCCGUUCGACCAGGUCACCCUCCCUCAGAAGCUACAGGAAGCAGGCUACGCCACCCACAUGGUGGGCAAGUGGCACCUGGGCUUCUACAAGAAGGAGUGCCUGCCCACUCGAAGAGGCUUUGAUACCUACUUUGGCUCGCUGACAGGCAGCGUGGACUAUUACACCUAUGACUCCUGUGACGGGCCGGGUAUGUGUGGCUAUGACCUGCAUGAAGGGGAGAAUGUGGCCUGGGGUCAGGGAGGCAAAUACUCCACUCAUCUUUACACACAGAGGGUCAGGAAGAUUCUGGCCACCCAUGACCCUCAGCAGCCCAUCUUCAUCUACCUCUCCUUCCAGGCAGUGCACACACCUCUGCAGUCUCCAAAGGAGUAUAUCUACAAGUACAGGGGGAUGGGAAACGUGGCCCGGCGCAAGUAUGCUGCUAUGGUCUCCUGUGUGGAUGAGGCAGUCAGGAAUGUGACCUAUGCCCUGCGCAAGUAUGGCUACUACCAAAACAGUGUGAUUAUUUUCUCAACUGACAACGGUGGGCAGCCUUUCUCAGGAGGCAGCAACUGGCCCCUUCGAGGUCGCAAGGGCACUUACUGGGAAGGGGGAAUCCGGGGACUUGGGUUCGUGCACAGCCCUCUUCUGAAGCGUAGGAGGCGGGUGAGCAAGGCUUUGAUCCACAUCACUGACUGGUACCCAACUUUGGUUGGGCUGGCUGGGGGCAAUAUCUCAGCCACUGAAGGGCUGGAUGGGUAUGAUCAGUGGCCAACCAUCAGUGAAAGCAAGGAAUCUCCACGCCUGGAGAUCCUGCACAACAUCGAUCCACUCUACAACCAUGCCAAGUCUGGCUCUUGGCAGGAAGGCUACCGGAUCUGGAACACAGCAGUUCAGGCUUCCAUCCGGGUUGGGGACUGGAAGUUAUUGACAGGAGAUCCGGGGUACAGUGACUGGAUCCCUCCGCAGACACUGACCAACUUCCCGGGGAACUGGUGGAACCUGGAGAGACCUAUGGACAUCCAGAAGUCUGUGUGGCUUUUCAACAUUACUGGUGACCCCUAUGAGCGCUACGACCUCUCUGAGCAGCGGAGAGAUGUGGUGAAGGAACUGCUGGCCAGGUUGGCCUAUUACAACCGCACAGCAAUUCCAGUCCGCUAUCCAGCUGAAGACCCUCGGGCCAACCCUGAAAUAAAUGGUGGUGUUUGGGGACCCUGGGCUGGGGAAGAGGAGGAGGACCACUGGGAUGAGGUUUACCUCAGAAAGAGCAAAUCCAAGAAGAAGAAAUGCAAGAUCUGCAAACUGAGGUCCUUUUUUAGGAAGUUAAACACAAGGAUCAUGUCCAAUAGAAUCUAGAAGCUGACAUGAUCUGGCAUCGAGUUACUGUUGCCAUUGUAUUGUUAUUGGUACUUUGUCAGCUCUAAAGUUUUAUGAAUAAUUUAAAUCAUUUAUCAACUAUAACAACAAAACUCUGUGAAACAGCUGUGAUGUUCCCACGACUUAAAAAGAGCUUUGUCUGCAAUAGCAAAUUUACAGUUUCUACUUUGUUUUGCUUUGCAUCAAUAAUACAUAAUUUUAAAAUAACGUUAUAGAGAUUCCAACUCUGAUACUGGAGUAUCCGCACCUUGUAGUCAGACCUAGUGCGGCUGAAUGCCAUUUCUGUCUUCAGAUAAAGAAGGGAUUUUAGAAACUUGAAUUAAAGUAACCCCUAUAAAAAAUGGUUAAAGCCUUCUGCAUUUCAAUUUUUUAAGUUUUACACCUACAAACUCCCACUAGAUUUUUCAAGCCUGCUGGUUAAGAUUACCCAAGCAUCUAUGUGAGGAGAUCACAGCUGCUUUACUUUGAGGGUUGAAUAAUUAUGUUCUGCUUAGGCAAUCAUGUUUAGUUCCUAAUUUAAACGAACACUUCAGAAUGUUUUAUAGAUGUGAGCUGCAUUUCUUUGUUUUCCCCAGUUUGUGGCUAUUACUAUUUAUAUGGUGCCAAAUCAAAGUUUUUAAUAUCAAAAACACAUCUCUAAUGAAGAUCCCUCUUGAAGGUUGAAACUUUGCUUUGAUGGCUAGUGUUUUUUCUUCAUAUAAAUACCUUGAUUUUGUUAUCUCAAGUAUAGAUCGUACAACAUGUCCUUGACAAGACCUCCCACAUUCAUAUUCAGCAUCCUUAAUUUGUGGAUAAUUACUGUAGAACAAUCACUUACUGGAGGCAUGGACCAUAUUCUCGGGGUUACUGACUAUUUUAACUUUAAAUUCUUUGAAAAUAGUCACUUGGCCUUUAAAUAAUGCUGCACUGCAGCUACUGAAUGAAAUAGUGAAGUAUUACAAAUGCCUUUGGUUUAGAAAAAUUGCAAGUAAAGCCCAUCAUUCUUAUGACGUGCUUAGAUAUUCCAUCCAGAACUCUAAUGUACUCUAUUGUAAGGACAAUAUUGCUGCUUCUGUGUGAAAAGAAACAGGAAUUACCACCCAGAACUACUUCUUUAUAUAGCAUUUUUUUUUGUUUUUAAAAUAUAUUUAAAAUGUAUUUAUUUAUGUAAACAUUUAUGAAAAAAAUAGUAAUCAAAACCCAGAACAAAACUUCGUCCCCCAGCUCCCUCCCUCCUGUCCCCACCCACAACCGCAAACCAGACCUUCAAAUAAAAAGCCUAGCAACUAGGUCCUACGUAGUACAACCUCCAGGUUUGACAAGAUCUGCUUUCAAACACCAUGUGACGAGAUAAAAAGGGUUUAAUUGAUCCCACGGUUCCUCAUCAAACAAGUAAACCUUUCCCAGUUGUGUUUUUACAAAGUUUCUAUAAAAAAUUUCUGCUAAUGAAUGGAUUAUAAAUUCAAUAUCUGAACAUAUUUUUACACAAUCAUAGCCAUGCUUACAUCAGUUAACGUCCCUGUGGAAUUCAAAGCCUUGAAAUAAAUUGAGAACACAUUCUCUGACAAUAUUGUAGCAAUUCUCAUUUGAAGUACUGUAUGUAAUGAUGUUGAUAUUUAAAAAAAAAUGCUUUUUAAAAAGCAAAAUGAAAACCAUUUUCAAAAGUUUAUCAUUAUUCUCCAUCUUUGAAAUCGGGCAGGAAUGAAUUGGACCUUCACUCACAUGCCUGGUGGUACACUGAUCUUAGACCAAACUGGCAUUUCAAUUUUACAGCUUUGCAUUGCCGUGAUACUUUUAGUACAUCAUCAGAUGAAUAGCCCGAAAAGGAUUUUUUCAAGUAGUCACAAGAAGUGAAUAAUAAAAAAAAAAACUUUUUAUUACUUUGCACCAACAGUUUUGGAAUCCUCUGGUGACCCCUAUGUGAUUCCCCUGGACAAUCACAAUCAAAGGUUUGAGAAAGCACUACAAGACGGGUUCGUCACUACUGUGGGUGGAUGAAGCUGGUUUUGCAAUGCAUAGGGAAGGCCAGAUUGUCCUCCUGAGAUUCAGAAACCCCAAAAUUGCUAUACUUCUGGUGAGAUUAGUCCUUAAAGCUGCCUGUGUGAGUACAACAUCAAUAAUUCAGGGAGCUAGGAGUGAAAUUACAAGUGUGGACUGGAUUUUCCACUCAUGUCUUUGUUUUUUUUUUCUGUUUUUGGCCGUAUAAGAGGCCAAGCAGAUUUUUCUAUUUUUUGAGGCUUAUGGAGGUACUGGCAUGAUUCCAGAAGAAAUGUUUAAUCCUUGUGGCGGCUUUAUUUAGAGAAAGAUUCAGAGAAGGAUUACCUCCCCUGCAGGCGGGCAGCCUUAAAGGGUUUUGUGUUCAAACUUGUAGAACAAAAGUGUCGAAUGUAAUACCCUAAAGCCCUUUUGGUGUCAUACCCCAUCUCAAUAACACUUUACUUCAUUGUUAUAACUGAGCCUACUCCUUGCUGCUUUCUUCCUCUAUAGCACAAUCAAAUUUUAAGACUUUCAACAGCUAUCCAACUUCAGGGAAGCAAUAAGAUUCUAUGGAGUGAAAGAGUUAGAGAUAAUAAUCUUAUCUUAGUAUUUGGCUAAGACUGAUGGAGCUAACUGAUUUAUGUACAGCUUUCCUUCCUCUUCAGUUUGGACUCCAGUUGAAAGUCUUUUGGCAGCAACAGUCCACACAUAAGUUAAUUAAAUCCUCAAGGAUUUGAGUUCUGGCCAUGCAGCGUUUCAGAAACAUUACUUUUAUUUAAUUUGCCUCAAGCAUCAAGCUGACUCCUGCAGAGCAGGCAGGUGUGGAGUCCAGCCCAGUGUUCUCUUGGACAACUUCCUUUCUUCUGGGAUCAAUAUAUCCUUAUAUAUAUAUACAUACCCUUAGUGAUCAUAAGCAGUAUCAGAUGAGAGGAUCUUUGUUAAUAGUAUAGUGGAGAUGGCUGUGAGCCUUAGAGUCCAAUAGCCUAAGAGUUCAAUAUAAAGACCUUAUAUACAAACAAGUUAAUCAAUAUGUUCCUUUUUAGCCCCAAACUGUGUUUGUACAUAAACAACUAGCAUCCAGUUCCUGGCAGUUCCAGUUGUAAACCAGCAAACAGAAAGAUCUAGUGAUCCGAGCCUGUGGCUCUUAAUGAAAACGGGAUGUUAAUAUUCUUGUUCCAUGCCAAUAGGCUGACUUAGCAUUGGCACAGGAAUGAAGUGACGUCACUUUCUGGGUCAAAGAGAUAGUAAGCAAACUCCCUUUUGAAACAGAUCUAGCCUUAAUUGCUGCCAGAACAAGAUCAAGGCCAACAUGCUGAAACCUGUACAAGAAUUUACUGAGCAUUUCCUGGAGUGCCACCAGAGACUGUGUUGCUCUCAGGGGAACAGGAACAUUUUAGCUUCUCUAGAAAUGGAAAGGAACAUCUAAGAGGAAGUGCUGCUUGCUAAACAAGGCGCAGUGUUACUGUGUACCUUGAUUGGCAGCAUCUACAGAAGUAUUUGGCUGCAAGAAAGCUUAUGAGGAAUACUACAAGAGAAUGCCUGCCUUGUAUUUUGUAGUUUUAUAAGCUUUAACUCAUUUUAUCAAGUGGUAUUGAAUAUACAGUAAAUAGGUGGAGGUAGUGCUUAGUAUGUUAAUCACAAAGUCCUGGAGCUCAAUAUGACUGAGAGAGAGGAUGUCAGAGGGCAACAAAAGUACCAGAGUGCUUAACUGUGAUAUGUUCUAAAUUCAUUGUAAAUUCAAGUCACUUCUAUCCAUAACAUGAUAACACAGAAACACACAUUUCAAUUACUCAUUUCAAAUAUCAUAAUCCUAAGCCUCUGUUUUGGAAACAUUUCCAUGUCUAGGCAUGGAUGUAUUGUCAGCUCAGUAGGGUUUCAGAAUCUGACUGUAUGAUCUCCCACUAGACUGCACUGUAAAUGUUUCAGGGCUCAGCAUAAGUUACAGAUGUGACAUCACCACCUUGAAACCUAGACAGUGUAGAAUUUAGCCGUGGCAGAAGACCCAGUUUUUUGGCUCAGAGUUCACUACUGUCUAGGAAGUAGGACUGUGUGGAUCUGAGCCCACCAGUAACCGAGAUUGAAUCCAGACAGGGACAGAGCUAUACGUGCUACUUAGGAUGUUGAAGAUACACACAGAAAGAAUACAGGCAAAAACAAAGUAAAAUAAAUAUUUUUCAUUCAGCUUAACCCAGCUUUUUUGAAUGAUACUUUCCUCUUAGCUUUUGAAGACCACCAACUUGAACUGAAAAGUUUCUGCAUUGUGUGAGCAUUCACUGUCGUGUUUAUUUUCAAAACCUGGAGAUUAAUAAGAGUGGAUAUGAAUGUAAAACGUGGCUCUGAGAUUAUGAUUAGGAAAGGAGCCGAGCUGUUUAUAUAAACAAAAGACAUUUUGAAAAUGUCUGCUUUUACUUUACAGCCUUCAGGAGUCAUGGGACGUACAUGGUUUGGGCAGUUCCCACAGCCUGGAGCAGGAUGAAUCAUGUCUUUGGAGCAUAUCAUUCUCUAAUACUUUGGUUGUGUAUAAUUAAUGCAUUUUUUGUGACGGACCGGUGUCUCAGCAGUGUAUACUGCCUUAUGCCCAUUAUCUGUCAAGUUAGGCUCCUGCACGCUGCACACUGUAUUGGACUAAGUGCUUACUGAAAAUGGAUGAAUAAUCUAUGUAGUAGAGUGCAUAACUGUCUUUGAUUAUAUCAGUACACCUUUUUGUGUUCCCUGUAAAGGGUAAGUGCUUGUUAAAAGGCUACAGUAAAAGCAGGAGGCAAUUAAUUUAUAGCUGUGUUUACAAAAGAGCUGUUUCAUCAGUCCCACCUCCCUACACAUUUGCAUUUGUUCGGCCAUUUGCAUCCUUAACAGUCGCAAGAUUUACAGUUUGCAAUUUUGUUUUGUCAUGUUUUAUUUCUUUAUAUAUUUCCAAAGGUAAAUAUUUCUAUUUGAUUAAAGUUAUUUACACAAUGAAUCAGUCAUUCAUUUUCUCCAAGACAGUGUUGCUCAGUGCUUUCUGGUUUUUACUAAAGGCUCUUUUAAAUCAUUUUUAAAUCGCAUUAUGUUAAUAUGCUUCACAUCACCUGGGAUAUUUAUUGCAGUGAGGUCUUUCUUUUGGCUUUUAGUAUCGAAACAUCAGAGAUAGAAAAACAACAAAAUGUAUGUAAAAGAACCCACACUAGUUAUUACAUUUGAUUGGAAAAUAUUUUUUACACUUCAAAGUAUUAAAAGUUGUACCUGAAAUGAAGUAAAAUGGCAAGAAGGGUUUCUGCUGUACCACAAAAGGAAAACAAACUUUAAAGGAAGUUGUUUUAAACCAUCACCCCAUCAAAACUGUCGUAAAAACAUUUUACUGCUGUUGCUCUACUAUUCUCAUACUGCUAUAGCAAGGAGAAAGGCAGAUCUAAAACUUGCUUUUUACUUGUGAAAAUACAAUAGAAUGCAAGGAGUGGUUCUAAUAACAUUUAGACAUGAAAAUGGGCAUUUAUUAAGUCUGGAUUAAAUCAAAUAAAAAAUGUAACCUAUCAUCCAAUACAGAUUCCAAGUUUGUCACCAUGCCAGAGGCAAAGGUGCCGUCAAGUACUAAUUCUAGAUAUUGUAAUUGGCAGGUAAACUGGUUUUGAUUUAAUCUGAGCCUUAGUUAUGAUGCAAUCCAAUAUAUUUUACUGACUGUGAAUAUCUAAAUAUGAUUUGUAGCUACUAAAAAAGAAGGAUGUCUCUAAAAUAAACAUGAUACAUGCUUCAUGUUGAUAUUAGGUGUUUCAUAUGUUUAUUUAAAUAUUUUGUUUCAGGGACAUUAUAACGAGCAGUCAUGUCAGACUGUUACCAAACAAAGGUUUUGAGCUUCAGUUGUGAAGCUUUGUGACUGAACAGGAAAACCAUCCCAGUAUGAUGUCUCCAUUUCAAUAAUGAAUCUAUAAAAUAAACAUUUAUAAUCUCCUGA